UGCUCCUGUCACCGCUUAAAACUAUCAGAUGGUUCGAGGGAGGACAUGGAGGCAGCCACCUAGCUCAACCCAGCCGCAGAGCCCACAGCAGCGCCCUCCGGAGCCCCGAGGACGCCUUUGCUAACGUCGGCGUCCGGACUCCGCAGCCGAGCUCCGCCGCCCGCAGGAAGCACGGGCCCGGAGCGCCGCGGACACGGCAGCGCGGGGUGCUGCAGGGUUGAGCUCAAGAGCCCAGGUUCGCGUAGAGUUCAAUCCAACCAGGACGCCGCGCUUGGGCUGCGCGCCGGGAGCGACGCUGCGACAAGCGGCGCAAUCCCGGAUGCGGACGCGCAACUUGAAGCAACUUUAAGAUCCGAGUAGUCCGCCGGCCCGCGCGGACCCAGAACAAGAAGAGGGCGAACGAGAAGAUGCCUCGGCCGGGUCGCAACACGUACAGCGACCAGAAACCGCCCUACUCCUAUAUCUCGCUGACCGCCAUGGCCAUCCAAAGCUCGCCAGAGAAGAUGCUGCCGCUGAGCGAGAUCUACAAGUUCAUCAUGGACCGCUUCCCCUACUACCGGGAGAACACGCAGCGCUGGCAGAACAGCCUGCGCCACAACCUUUCGUUCAACGACUGCUUCAUCAAGAUCCCUAGGCGACCGGAUCAGCCCGGCAAGGGCAGCUUCUGGGCCCUGCACCCUAGCUGCGGGGACAUGUUCGAGAAUGGCAGCUUUUUGCGGCGCCGCAAGCGCUUCAAAGUGCUCAAGUCCGACCACCUGGCGCCCAGCAAGCCGGCCGACGCGGCUCAGUACCUGCAGCAGCAGGCCAAGCUCCGACUCAGUGCGCUUGCUGCCUCCGGCACACACCUGCCGCAGAUGCCCGCUGCUGCUUACAACCUGGGCGGUGUGGCGCAGCCCUCAGGCUUCAAGCACCCCUUCGCCAUCGAGAACAUCAUCGCGCGGGAAUACAAGAUGCCUGGGGGGCUGGCCUUCUCCGCUAUGCAGCCGGUGCCCGCUGCCUACCCGCUCCCCAACCAGUUGACUACCAUGGGCAGCUCUCUGGGCACUGGCUGGCCACACGUGUACGGCUCUGCGGGUAUGAUCGACUCGACCACCCCCAUCUCCAUGGCAAGUGGCGACUACAGCGCCUACGGAGUGCCUCUGAAGCCUCUGUGCCAUGCAGCAGGCCAGACGCUGCCAGCCAUUCCCGUGCCCAUCAAACCCACGCCGGCCGCGGUGCCUGCACUGCCGGCACUGCCUGCGCCCAUCCCCACCUUGCUGUCGAACUCGCCGCCCUCGCUCAGCCCCACUUCCUCGCAAACAGCCACCAGCCAAAGUAGCCCUGCCACCCCCAGCGAAACGCUUACCAGCCCGGCCUCCGCCUUGCACUCGGUGGCGGUUCACUGACACGCGGAAACCGGAAUCCACUUCGUUCACCUCCCCAUCAACUCACACCUUCCCCAGCUCCCAGUUCUGCCCUCUCCAACCUAGGACAGUUAUCCUCUCUGGUCCGUUUUACCUUGGCCAACCCUGUCUCUCUCUUUUUCUCUCUCUCUCUCUCUCCGCCCCCCACCCCCAAGAGAACUUUGUUUUGGACCCAGGAGACAAAACACAAACUUGCGGGAAGGUGCGUGGGAGUCGUCUUCGCCCCUACAACAGGGGAAAGCAGAGACUACCUGAGUCAAGCCGCCCGCUCCAAGGCCCCGACCCCCAUCCCAUUUAAUUGGCAGGGGGAAAUCCUGCCACCCGCCUUCGCCGAGAAAAAAGAGCGUUCCCCUAGGCUCCAAUCCGCUGAACAUUAGACUCUAGACGCAAUAUUAAGACUAGAGAAACUGCCUUGAAGGUUUUCUGGAACAGAUCCCCUCGCAGGGCUGCAGCCACACAGCGGAGGGUCGAAUCUCCUGAGGUCUUGGAAAUCUGCAGCGAAAAGGAGCCACUAAUCUUCCUACCCUAUUCACCUCCGCCCACCAGGCAGGGAAUGGGAGGACCACAGCUUCUCUGGGCUGCGGCCCUGCCUCCCCGGCUUCUGCAGAGAUUUGUUUUGUUUUGUUUUGAGUUCUGUUUCCUGCCGGAGGCUCCGGGCGCUGGCAAAGGCUGCUAAGUUGAUAAAGGGACGCUUGUCCUUAACACAAGCAAAAUAAAAAUAAAAGUAACGUUGUAUUGUUUACAAAGCUCCCGGUAAAAUGUAAACAGUGAACUUGAAUCUGCCUUGCUUAGGCGGGCGAGUGGGCAAAGCCUACUUUACAAGUACC